CUUUAUUUUUCAAUACGAUAAGCCAUCAAAGUGAAAUAUAUGACCUCUGGUAACUCAAUCACGGUAUACAGUUGUAAAGGAAGAGUUUCACUAUCCACAAUGCUGAAAUCGCUCCUCGUCACAAUCCUCUUUCAAUGUUUCCUUUUGGAAAUUAAUGCCUUCUCUUUGGCAAGGCAACAGGAACGUUUCACCUGUUCGUCUACGGAUGGCUUCUAUGCCAUCGAAGGUGAAUGCACAGCCGAUUAUUACGCGUGUGUAGGAGGAGUAGCAUACAGCCAGACAUGCCCAGGGACUGGAAACGUUUUUGAUCCACUACUUAAAAAAUGCGUACCUUACGCGGAGGCCUCCUGCCGCAGUGCAGUAACGACUACCGCUGCGACAACCGCUGCGACAACCACAACGAGUUCGACGCUCACCACAACGCGUUCGACCGCUACCACUACGACGACUACGGGUACAACAGUCGGUCCGACAUUUAAUUGUCCGACAGCCGAAGGCUUUUAUGCGAUUCCCAACACUUGCGAUGCUGAUUAUUACGUUUGUGUCAGUGGUUCUCCUUACGUAUCGACUUGUCCAGGAGACAGCGUCUUCGAUCCAAUUACGCUAGUAUGCACAUCCCCGGAUAAAGCUUCUUGCCAAAAACCAUUCAUAUGUCCUACUCCCGAUGGAUUUUUCCCAGUCCCAGGUACUUGCGGAAAUAGCUACUACUCUUGUGUCGAUGGAACCGCUUAUUUGCAGUAUUGCCCUGGAACUGCCAUCUUCGAUCCGAACACGAACAAUUGCGUCCCUGCGGAAAACGCAUCGUGCAAAACUACAACGACAGCAGCAACAACAACUACUCCAACGCCCACAACAACUACUACAACGCCCACAACAACUACUACAACGCCCACAACAACGACGACAACACCCACAACAACGACGACAACACCCACCACAACGACAACACCCACAACAACGACGACAACACCCACAACAACGACUAAAGCGCCAUUCGUUUGCCCGGGUACCGGACAUUAUCCCUAUCCCGGAAGCUGUACUUUGUACUACGUCUGUUCCGGCAGCAACUACAUUGUAGCAAGCUGUCCAGCUGGGCAGGUGUUUAACCCAUCCACCGAAUUCUGUGAAGAUCCCAUUAACGUUCCCGGCUGCUACUUCGAUCCUAUGCAAUUUUUCCGAGAUUUGAAAUUCGUCGGAAUGACUGGCGGCCCGUCGUUCUAAAAACCGAGUCCCAAACGUGUGCCGUUAUACCCAAUCCAUCUGAAAAUUCUUAGUCUAAUGAGAAACCCAACGUCAGUUGGUGACUCGUUCCAUAUUUCUAAAUAGCCAUUUAGUUUUCUUAACCAAAUAAUUAUUAUCAUUUGUUGCAAGUGCUAUAAGUUAUACGGUUGUUGCACACUUAUAUAUCAAUGACACAUCUCUGAAACUUUACCGUCAUAAUAAAACUUUUAUUUCAAGGCUUUCACUGAUAAUCAGAAAGGCCCUGACUUUUCAAAACAAAA